UCGUUGACCGCUAGGAAGCGCGAUCUCGCUUUUCCCGGGGGAGGAGAGGCGGCUGCAGGGAAGGGGAAUCGGCAGCGGAGCGGCUGAGUGUCUGGAGGCUGGCCGGGCAGGAGAGGAGGGGAGCGGGCUAGAGGCGUGGCGGGGACAACCCGCUGGCCUUGCGUAGUAGGAGGUCGGGAGCAGCGCCGCUGAGCCCGGCGGGGAGGAGGAGGAGGAGGAGGCCGGGGCCGGAGCCAGGCGUGGAAGAGAGCCUCCCCGAGGAGCCGCCGGGCUCAGAGGCCGAGCGCUUCCGCCGCUUUGGGCUCCCGGGGGUCGGCGGGGCCCCGGGCGCUCUGCAGCCGCUUGCAGUAGCGAAGCCCCUGGAGAAGGAGGAAGAAGAGCAGCCGAGCUCCCGGGGAUGGAGGAAGGAGGGGGGAUCCCGGAGCGGUUCCUAGCCGGACUGUCUCGGGAGAUGGUGGGCUGACUGCUGCGGGAGGGCCGGGCGGAGAGCUGCCCCCACUUGGCGGCUGCCCUGGUCGGAGGCUUCUCGCUCAGCCCUCCUCGGGCCCAGGAACGAACGGAGGCAGAUCGGCGGCAGGGCAAGCUGAUGAAGAUGGCCACAGUGUCUCCUGAAGGCGGAGAAGUUCUCUCUGGUCUUUCUAUGGAGCAGGUGAUGGGCUUCUCUGAGGAGCAUCCAACUCAGGUCUUGUUGCCUGGGAACUCAAAGUUGUGGAUGGAAACGGCUGCAACAUCUCCUCUGUCUGGUGGAGCCGCAACAUUUCAGGGCUCGGUAACCUUUGAGGAGGUGGCUGUGUAUUUCACGGAGGAGGAGUGGGCGCUGCUGGAUCCCAGCCAGAGAGCCUUGCACGAGGAAGUCAUGCUGGAGAAUUCUAGGAACGUAGCCGCUCUGGUUUAUGGGCAGGCGCAUAACCAGGAGCCAAGCCUAGGGCAAGGGAUCCAGUCUGAAAACGGGAUGGUUGGAAAUCGGGGAGCAGCUUCGAAGAGUGUGAAGAGCUGUCUAAGAAAUGGAAGGAAGAAAUCUCCUUCUAGUCACAAUGAAGUCCUCGGCCUCCCAACCCAGCCACUUCAGCAACGGGAAGAAGUUGGAAAACAUUUCGGGUAUGGCAAAAUAGACAAAGCAAAAUCUGUUUUCGGUAAAUAUUAUACGAACCGAAUUGAAGAGGAACAGCAUGAACAUCAAGAGUAUGGGCAAAAUAUCAAUCUUAGCUCCUCUCUUGUUUUACAUCACCCACCAUACAUCUCAGAGACACCAUAUGCAUUUAUCGAUUGUGCGGAAAAACUCACUUUGAACAGUCAUUUUAGGCCCCAUAAAGAGAAGGACCCAUAUGAGUGUGAAAAGAGUGCCAGCCAGAAGCAGUUGCUUAUUUUACCCCCAGAAAAUCCCCCCUUGGAAAAACGAUAUAAAUGUCCGGAAUGCGGAAAGACCUUCACUCACAAAUGUAAACUUACUAUCCAUCAACGGACCCACACAGGGGAGAAACCGUAUACGUGUCUGGUAUGUGGAAGACAAUUCAGUCAGACUGGUCACCUUACCAGACAUCAACGAACCCACACAGGGGAAAAACCAUAUUCGUGCCUGCAAUGUGGAAGGAAGUAUAGUGGAAGUUCCAGCCUUAUCAAGCAUGUAAGGACCCACACGGGGGAGAAACCAUAUAAAUGUACAGAGUGCGAUAAGAGCUUCAAUCAGAGCAGUCACUAUAUCCGCCAUAAAAUGAUCCAUACAGGUGAAAAACCUUAUAAGUGCCUGGAGUGCGGGAAGAGCUUCGGGCGUAACUUUAGCCUUAUGCAACAUAAAAGGACUCACACCGGGGAGAAACCGUACCAAUGCUUGGUAUGUGGAAAGAGUUUCAGUGGAUCCUCGGAUCUCAUGUACCACAAGAGGAUUCAUACAGGGGAGAGACCGUAUAAAUGCCCGGAGUGCGGAAAGCGAUUCAGUAGGAGAAGUCGCCUUACAGCUCACAAAAGAAAACACACAGGGCAGAAACCGUACAUAUGCCUGGUGUGCGGAAGGAGAUUCAGUCAGAGUGGCCACCUAACAAGUCAUAAAAGAACCCACACCGGGGAGAAACCAUUCGCGUGCUUGAAAUGCGGAAGGAAGUUUAGUAGAAGAUCAAGCCUUGUAAUCCACGUGAGAAUCCACACAGGGGAGAGCCCAUAUAAAUGUACAGAAUGCGGGAAGGGCUUCCGUCAGAGAACUACCUACAUUUACCAUCGAAGGAUCCACACCGGAGAAAAACCCUUCAAAUGCCUGGAGUGUGGGAAGAACUUCAGGCGAAACUGUCACCUUAAGAAGCAUAAACGGAUGCACACUGGGAAGAAAUUGUACCAGCGUACGGCCGUGUGCCUUGUUUGCAGAGAUAUUAUGGCUGUAUUUGAAGAAUAUAAUAUGAGAUGGCACUAUGAGACCAAACAUCAUGACAGGUACAAAAACAUGAGCAUACAGCAAAAGAUAAAGACGGUGGAAGAGUUGAGAAAGAACCUGAUGUCGUUCAUAAAAGCAAAGACACAGCGUGAAGCUGCUGUGAAAGCUACUUUUAUAGUGGCAGAAGAGAUCGCUAAAGCGGCCUGGCCAUUUACAGAAGGCGAGUUUUUGAAGCGCUGCAUGGUUAAAGUGUGCGAAGUCUUGUGUCCCGACCAAAAGGGAGCAUUUUUGAACUUAAGCCUGAGCAGAAAUACUAUUGCUGGUCGGAUAGGUGAGCUUGCUACAGUUUUACAAGGACAAUUGGUUGAAAAGGGAAAAGAUUUCAUUGCGUAUUCCCUUGCUGUGGAUGAGAGCAGUGACAUCUCUGACGUGGCACAGCUGACAAUCUUCAUCCGUGGAGUGGACCCAAGUUUAUGCGUUACAGAGGAAUUUUUGGAUAUGAAAUCAAUGCAUGGCACUACCACAGGAAAAGACAUAUUUGAAGCAGUGUCUAAAUGUGUAAACGACAUGAAGCUGCCCUGGGACAAACUUACGGGACUGACAACAAAUGGGACACCUUCGAUGCGCGGGGAAGAGAGUGGAUUAGUGGGAAGGGUGCGAGAGAAGAUGAAGAGCGAGAAUUGCACAGGUGAGCUGACGGCAUAUCACUGCAUCAUACACCAGGAAACACUGUGCGGCAACAUUCUGAAGAUGGAACAUAUAAUGGGCACUGUAACACAGACAAUUAACUUUAUAAGAGCCAAUGGUUUAAAUCAUCAUCAAUUUAAGUCUUUCCUUGAGGAAAUGCAUUCUGAACUUGGUGAUCUGCCCUAUCACGCAGCGGCGCGGGGGAUAAGUCAAGAAAAAGUGCUCAGUAGGUUUUUUGAGUUGCGCCUGGACAUUUGUCAGUUUGUUGAAAGUAAAGGAAAAGACUCCACGGUACUGCGGGAUGAAAAGUGGCUGUGCGAAUUAGCCUUCCUGUGCGAUGUUACGAAACAUCUCGCGGCACUAAAGCUUCAGCUUCAGGGACGGGACUUUGCGAUCACGGACAUGUAUGAUGCAGUGAAAAGCUUUCAGGUAAAGCUGCAACUCUGGGAAGCUCAGAUGCAGCACGGAAACUUGAGUGACUUUCCCUGUUGCCAAACAAUCAUCAGCCAAGUCUCCACCGCUGUGUUCUCACAUGCUCAGUUUGCGGAUCAACUGAGCACGCUUCACAUGGAGUUUGCGCGCCGCUUUGUUGAGUUUGAAGCGCAGACAUUCGAUUUCGGACUGCUCAGUAAUCCAUUUUCAGUCGACGUGAAGGAGGCACCCGCAGACAUCCAGAUGGAGCUGAUGGAACUCCAGUGUAGCGACACACUUAAGGCAAAGUAUGAUUCUGUAGGGUCCGCGCAAUUCGCCAGGUUCAUCCCUGAAACGAUGCCCCAACUCCGCCUGCGAGCUGCUCGAAUGCUCUGCAUGUUUGGUAACACACACCUGUGUGAGAAAGUUUUCUCUGUGAUCAGGGCGAACAAAAGAGCCCACAGGAGUCUUCUCACUGAUGCACACCUCCGCUCUAUCCUGAGAGUUUCCACAGCUCAAAACCUAACGCUGAACAUGGAUGAACUUGUAGCCAGGAAAAGGUGCCAAACAUCCAGGUCAGAAAAAAAGGGCCAGCCGAUGAAGAUGGCCAGGGUACCCCCUGACCGUGGAGAAGCUCUAUCUGAUCUCUCUGCCACAACAUCUCAGGGCUCUGUAUCCUUUGAGGACGUGGUUGUGUAUUUCUCGGAGGAAGAGUGGGCUCUGCUGGAUUCCAGCCAAAGAGCCUUACACAGAGAAGUCAUGCUGGAGAACUCCAGGAAUCUGGCUGCUGUGGGUUACGGGCAGGAGCAUAAAGACUACCAGGGGCCCAGCUUAGCGCUAUUCGAGUCUGUAGAAAAGAUGUUUGGAAUUCAGGGGAUACUUCAAAAGAGAGCGAAAAGUUUCCUAAAGAAUCGAAGGAAGAAAUCUUCUCCCUCUGAUCGCAAUGAAGUCGUUGGCCUCCCAACUCCGCAACUUCAGCAACCAGUAGGAAGUGAAAAAUAUUUUGGUGGUGACAAGACAGAGAGCGCUAAAAUUGUUUUCAUUCAAUAUUGUACAAACCAGACUGAAGAGGAACAAUAUGAACGUCAAGAGUAUGGGCAAAAUAUCAAUCUUAGCUCCUCUCUUGUGUUACAUCACCCGUCAUAUAUCCAAGAGACACCAUAUGCACUUAUAAAUUGUGUAGAAAAAUUCACUUUAAACAGUCAUCUUAUGUCCGAUGGAGAGAAUAACCCAUAUGAGUGUGGAAAGGGUUUCAGCCAGAAACAGUUGCUUAUUUUACCCCCAGAAAAUCCCCCCAUGGAAAAACCAUACAAAUGUCCGGAGUGCGGAAAGACCUUUCCUCACAGAUGUAGGCUUACUGUCCAUGAAUGGAUUCACUCGGGGGAGAAGCCAUAUAUGUGCCAGGUCUGUGGGAAAAGAUUCAGGCAGACUGGUCACCUUUCGAGACAUCGACGGACCCACACUGGGGAGAAACCAUAUACGUGCCUUCACUGCGGAAGGAAGUUCAGUGAAAGUUCAGACCUUACCAAACAUGACAUUCGCCUAAAACAAAGACUGCUGGUUCGCUCUGAGGUGACCUUGCAAGCAGCCAUGGACGAAGCCAGAGCAGCAGAGAUGUCUGAUAGAUCCACUGCUGAGAUCCAGCAGAGCCAGCAGUUCUCCUCUCCAACCCCCAAAACCUUUCUAAUUGAUGACCUCAUUCCACUUGACAAAACCUUCGCAGAUGACGACCAAGUGGACCGCCUGAAGGGCCAAUCUGCCCUCCGACUGGCCUUCACGCUCCGAGAGGACUGCUUCAACAUCGACUGCCCAGCUGUUUCCGUGAGCAGCAACUUGUCCCACGUGGAGGAUGGCCGGAAGAUACAUAUCUCCCUACACAUCAAAGGGGCCCUGUGCACCACAGAGGUGGACUCUGGUUCUUCAAAGUUCAUUCUUUCAUGGGACACUCUCACUCACCUGAUUCUGACCAUCACCAGAGCCCACCUGAAAGAACCAACCACAGUCUUGCGUGACUUGGGCAUCCGUGCCAACUACCCUGCCGCUGCCUCCAUCGAAGAUGUCAUUCAGGAGUUUGCAGAUGUCUUUGAUGGCUCUUUGGGUAAAUACAGGGGAUCCCCUAUUAGUUUAAAUAUAGACCCACAAAUAGACCCCAUUUGCCUGAAGGCUCACAGGGUGCCGUUUGCCUUGAGACCGAAAGUUGAUGCGGAGCUGGAUAAGCUCCUGGCGCAAGCUAGGCUUCCCCUUAUCCAGACUCCGAGGAAGCGCGAUCUCGCUUACGCGGGAAGGAGGCGGACAAGUGCAUCCGGAGGAUCGCGGAGGGCUGAGCGCAACGGAGCAGCUGAGCGGCCGGGCAAGAGAGGAGAAGAGCGGGCUAGAGGCGCAGCUGGGCAGCCCGAUGGCCUGGCGGAGGAGAAGGAGAGCCAGCCGAUGAAGAUGGCGACGGGACACCCUGAUGGUGGAGAAGCUCUGUCUGGCCGCUCUGUGGAGCGACUGGGCUUUUCAGAGGAGGAUCCAGCUCAGGACUUGUUGCCAUGGAACCCAAGGUUGUCAUUGGAAACCGCUGAAACUUCUCCUCUGUCUGGUGGAGCUGCAACAGCUCAGGGCUCUGUAUCCUUUGAGGAUGUGGCUGUGUAUUUCACGGAGGAGGAGUGGGCUCUGCUGGAUUCUAGCCAAAGAUCCUUACACAGAGAAGUCAUGCUGGAGAAUUCCAGGAAUCUGGCUGCUGUGGGUUAUGGGCAGGAGCAUAAGAACUACCAGGAGCCCAGCUUAAUGCUAUUCCCGUCAGAAGAAAUGAUGCUUGGAAUUCAGGGAGUACUUCAAAGGAGUGUGAAAAGUUUUCUAAAGAAUGGAAGGAAGAAAUCUUCUCCCUCUGGUCACAGUGAAGUCCUCGGCCUCCCCACUCAGCAACUUCAUCAACGAGCAAGUGAAAAAUAUUUUGGCGGUGACAAGAUAGACAGAGGGAAAAUUGUUUUUAGUAAAUAUUGUACAAACCAGAUUGAAGAGGAACAAUAUGAACAUCCAGAAUAUGUGCAAAGUAUCAGCUCUUCUCUUGUUUUACAUCACCCAUCAUACAUCCAAGAGACACCAUAUGCACUUAUAAAUUGUGUAGAAAAAUUCACUUUAAACAGUCAUCUUAUGUCCGAUGGAGAGGAUAACCCAUAUGAGUGUGGAAAGGGUUUCAGCCAGAAACAGUUGCUUAUUUUACCCCCAGAAAAUCCCCCCAUGGAAAAACGAUACAAAUGUCUGGAGUGCGGAAAGACCUUCACUCACAGAUGUAAACUUACUGUCCAUGAACGGACCCACACAGGGGAGAAACCAUAUACAUGCCAGGUCUGUGGGAAAAGAUUCAGUCAAACUGGUCACCUUACCAGACAUCAACGAACCCACACUGGGGAGAAACCAUAUACGUGUCUUCACUGUGGAAGAAAGUUCAGUGGAAGUUCAAACCUUAUCAAACAUGUAAGGGGCCACACAGGGGAGAGACCGUAUAAAUGUACAGACUGUGAUAAGAGCUUCAGUCGGAAAACUACCUUUAUUUAUCAUAAAAGGAUCCAUACAGGAGAAAAACCGUACACAUGCCUGGAGUGCGGGAAGAGCUUCGGACGGAAUAGUAGCCUUAUGCAACAUAAAAGGACUCACACCGGGGAGAAACCGUACCAAUGCUUGGUAUGUGGAAAGAGUUUCAGUGGAUCCUCGGAUCUCAUGUACCACAAGAGGAUUCAUACAGGGGAGACACCGUAUAAAUGCCCAGAGUGCGGAAAGCGAUUCAGUAGGAGAAGUCGCCUUACAGCUCACAAAAGAAAGCACACAGGGCAGAAACCGUACAUAUGCCUGGUGUGCGGAAGGAGAUUCAGUCAGAGUGGCCACCUAACAAGACAUAAAAGAACCCACACUGGGGAGAAACCAUACGUGUGCAUGAAAUGUGGAAGAAACUUCAGUGGACGGUCCAGCCUUGUGAUACAUGUAAGAAUCCACACAGGGGAGAAACCAUAUAAAUGUACAGAAUGUGGAAGGUGUUUCCGUCAGAGAACUACCUACAUUUACCAUCGAAGAAUCCAUACGGGAGAAAAACCCUACAAAUGCCUAGAGUGUGGGAAGAACUUCAGGCGAAACUGUCACCUUACGAAACAUAAACGGAUGCACACCGGCGAGAAACCCUAUAAGUGUUUGGAGUGUGGAAAGAACUUCAGUGUUCGCUCAGAUCUGAACUGUCAUAGGAGGAUUCAUACAGGGGAGAGGCCAUAUAAGUGUUUGGCAUGUGGAAAGAGUUUCAAAUGCAGCGGUCAUUUUAUUUCCCAUAAAAGGGUUCACACGGGGGAAAAACCAUUCAAGUGCUCAGAGUGCGGAAAGAGCUUCAGUCAAAAAAAUCACCUUUUACAACAUAACGGAAUCCACACAAGAGAGAAACCAUGCAGGAGCCCUUCACGAAGGCAGUUUUGGUACCACCUGAAGGAAGAGAAGGUCUUUCCGGUCCCUCGAUGGAGCAGCUGUCGGGAAGGAUCCUGGAGGAGGAUCCAAUUUGGGUCACGUUGCCACGAUUCGGUGUCCUUUGAGGAGGUGGCUGUGUAUUUCACGGAGGAGGAGUGGGCGCUGCUGGAUCCCAGCCAGAGAGCCUUGCACGAGGAAGUCAUGCUGGAGAAUUUUAGGAAUGUGGCCGCUCUGGGUUAUGACCAGAAACAAAAUAAUUAUAAGGAGACCAGGGUAACCCUAUUACACAUGAUCAAGUCUGAAGAAGCCACGCUUGGAAACCAAGAGGCAUCACAAAGGAGUAAGAAAACCUGCAUAUGGAAGGGAGGGAAGAAUUCACCUUCUUCUGAAUAUAAUGCAGUCUAUGAUUUCCCAACCCAGCCAGUUCAACAACGAGAAGAUAAAGGAAUAUAUAAUAGAUGUGGUGAGAGAGGCGACAAGAAAUUUGAUUUCCGUAAAUACCAGACUGAAGAGGAACAAAACACAUAUCAAGAGGGUGGGAAGAGUAUCAAUCAUAUCUCUUCCAUUAAUUUACAUUACCAAUCACAUCUCAAGGACACACCAUGUGCAUUUAUAAAUUGUGAGGAAAGUGUCAAUUUAAGCAGUCAUCGUAUUUCUGAUAAUAAUGAAAAACAGCGUGAGUACGAAGAGGGCUCCAAUAAGAAACAGUUGCUUAUUUUACCCGCAGAAACUCCACCAAAGGAAAAAACAUACAAAUGUUCACAGUGCGGAAAGGCCUUCACACAGAGAUGUAAACUUACCAUACACGAAAGAAUCCACACAGGGGAAAAACCAUAUGUGUGCCUGACCUUCACACAGAGAUGUAAACUAAUCAUACACGAAAGGAUCCAUACAGGGGAGAAACCAUAUAUAUGCCAGGUGUGUGGAAGACGAUUCAAUCAGAGUGGCCACCUAACAAGACAUAAAAGAACCCACACUGGGGAGAAACCGUAUACGUGCCUGAAGUGUGGAAGGAAGUUCAGUGAAAGUUCAAGCCUUGUGAUGCACGUGAGAAGCCACACGGGAGAGAAACCAUAUAUAUGUACAGAAUGUGGAAAGAGCUUCCGUCAAAACAGCGUCUUUGUUUGCCAUAAAAGGAUCCACACUGGAGAAAAACCAUACAAAUGCACAGAGUGCGGAAAGAACUUCAGUCAGAACAGUAGCCUUUUGAAACAUAAAAGAAUUCAUACAGGGGAAAAACCGUACCAAUGCCUGGACUGUGGAAAGAGAUUCAGUGUACGCUCAGAUCUUACAUAUCAUAGAAAAAUGCACACAGAAGAGAAAUCAUUUAAGUGUUUGGAAUGUGGAAAGAGCUUCAAUUGCAACCGUUACUUUAUUCGCCACAAAAAGAUCCACACAGGAGAAAAACCAUACAAGUGCUUGGAGUGCGGAAAGAGUUUCAGUCAGAACAGUCACCUGGUCAAACAUAAAAGGAUUCACACAGGGGAAAAACCCUAUCAAUGCCUGGAGUGUGGAAAAAGCUUCACUGCAGCCUUACAUCUUACAUAUCACAGAAGAAUGCACACAGGGGAAAAACCUUACAAGUGUUUGGAAUGUGGAAAGAGUUUCAAUUGCAGCAGUUAUUUUAUUUGCCAUAAAAGGAUCCACACAGGGGAGAAACCAUAUAAAUGCCUGGAAUGCGGGAAGCAAUUCAAUAGGAACAGUCAUCUUGCUUAUCAUAAAAGGAUGCAUACAGGAGAGAAACCAUAUAAGUGCACAGACUGUGGAAAGAGCUUUUCAUAUAAAAAUGGCCUUAGGUACCAUCAAAGAAUCCAUACUGGAGAGAAACCAUAUGCCUGCUUGAAGUGUGGAAAGAAGUUCAGUGCAAGUGCAAACCUUAUGAUGCAUAUAAGAAUCCACACUGGGGAGAAACCGUAUAAAUGCACUGAGUGUGGGAAGAGCUUCCGUCAGAACAGCGUCUUUAUUUGCCAUAAAAGGAUCCACACAGGAGAAAAACCGUACAAAUGCAUGGAGUGCGGCAAGAACUUCCGUCAGAACAGUAAUCUUAUCAUACAUAAAAUAAUUCACACGGGAGAGAAACCAUAUGAAUGUGCAGAAUGUGGAAAGCACUUCAGUCACAAAAGUCACCUCAUGAGACAUAAAAAAAUCCACACAGGAGAGAAACCCUGUAAGUGCACAGAUUGUGGAAAGAGUUUUAGCCGAAAUAGUCACCUCGCGAAACACAAAAGAAUCCACACAAGAGAAAAACAAUAACUUGGGAGCUUUCAUCACACGUAUUUUCUUUUUAUAAAGGGAAAAAUAGCAAUAUGUUGACUGUAAAGUUCAGUAGCCUUGUCAGACUUAAAGGAAUCCACAUGGCAGAACCAUAAAAACGCCUGAAGUGUGGAAAUAAAUUUAAAAGAAUGUUGCACUUAUUUCUCAUAAGAGGUUGUAUUGUGGGAAGGAUGCCUGGAGUAAAUGGAAUUACCAGGACCGGCCUUUUAUCCCCUUAAAAAAAAAUACAGGAGAAAACAUGUACAGUAAAUGGUACAUUUAGUUGAGCUACAUGGACUUAAAAGUGCAGCGAUGUGUGGGAAGGCCAUAUCCAUUUGGUAUAAAAAGUAUACCUAGGAAUGGGUCAAAAAGACUUUUAAUAAGGCCUAUCAUCUUACAUCCUAGAAACAUUCCACUCGGGAGAGAAACUCUAAAUGAGCGGAAUGUGGAAAGGAUAGUGACAGUUGGACCUGUAAAGUGGCCCUGACAAAGAACAACUUCAUAUUGUUCCUCAAAAAAGAAUCCUAAUCAUUGCCAACUAAUAUUUCUGAUUGGUUAAUCCCCCGUGAGACGCCAUUUUUCUUUGAAUGUGAUGCACGCAAGACAUGAAUGGUUUGGAUCAUGACGUGGAUAUCAUUUUGAUCCCCUGAAGAGAUAUCUGAUUAAAAUCCUGGAUCUGAGCUUCACUUCUUAUAAGAAGUGAACCAUUUGGUUCUUUUCAUUAUUAUUACCAAACCAGUAAUUAUGACAUUUUGUAAUUAUUAUUUUUCUUCCAACUUGUGUUAAUGUAUUAAUUAAUUAACACAAGUGUUAAUGUUCUAAGUGGCCCCAAGUUAGGCUUUCUAGCUUAGUUCCUGAAAUAGGCCUCGGUAACUGCUGUCAUUUGUUGGAACAAAAUAAAUCCUAAAUAUAUAUCCAAAACAUUUUCUCUGAUAAUGUGAAAGAAGUGAAAAGAUUGAAAGGACGCCAAAGAGGAAUGCCUGAAGGAGGAAUUAUUGCUAUUUAUUAUUAUUAUAUAUACCAGAAUGUGAAAUCAUAGCCACCACUUCUUUUAACUAGGAUUGGUCUUCAUAUUCUUAUGGUUUGUCCACAGUCACCCAGUUUAGACUGGAUUUGGCAUUAUCAUAUUUUUGUCUCACUUUUUUUUUUACAUUUGGACACCUUUAUCUUCAUUCGUUAUACCCAAAUCUCUCUUGUUUUUCCCAAAUCCUAUGGAGUGGCAUGGGCCAGGCUGAGAGUGAGUGAUUGGCAAAAGUCACCCAAAAUGUUUAGGUUGAAAAUGAAAUGAAAAGGUUCGCAAGGGAUAUUAAAAAAAAGACUUAUAAAAGAAAUAAAGCUAUCAGUAUACCAAAUGUUCUAUGGAUUUGGCCAAAAAAGGGGGGGGAAUGAACUGAAUUUUUAUUUUGCUUCAUUUGUUGUGAUCAAGGAAGUAUGAAUCCCUCUCCCCAUUGUGAGAAUGCAUUGCGAGUAUUUACCACCAUUUAAGAGAUUCAGACUGGAAUUAAAUUGGGGCAGAGUGGAGUUCAUCAGAGAGUUCAAGUUAAGUGCCGGGAAAAUAGACUGAAGCAUGCUUAGCGUUGUUUAAAAAAAGGCCACCAACAGGGAUAUCAUAUCCCUGUCGAAGCAUUUGAUGAGAUGCCCUUUAGAAGAAAGAAAAAGUUUGUCCUGGAUUGUUCUAUAGUGCUGAAUAAGUAGUUGAAUUUUACAAAAAUGUCAUGAUGAUGAUAAUGGUAAAACUGUCAAAUACUCUUAAGACUUUGAAUAAGAAGGUAUCUCGUGGGUCAUCUAGUCCAACCUCCUGCUCAAGCAAGAGGCCCUACACCCGUGACAGUAAACCUAUGGCACGCAUGCCACAGGUGGCACGUGGAGCCCUCUCUGCGGGCAUGUGAGCGGUUGACAAUUUCAGAUCCACCACAUAUGUACGCGCCCUCCUGCCAGCCAGCUGAUUUUCAUGUCUCUACUGUGCACGCAGGAGAUGUGUAUGCAUGCGGGGAGGAUCAUGGGGGGAUUGCAGUGCGCCUCCCCCUACACUCUGUUUUUGGUGCCAGGAGGCUUCAGGGAGGACCUCUGGAACCCAGGGAGAGGCUGU